UGUUAUUCUUGUGCUUAAAAUGGACAGAAGUGAAAAUUACAGAAUCAGAUGGAUUAUUUUCCUGCUUGUGGUUUCCCAUGCAGUCGAACUAGCAAUGGCAAAACCAAUAAUAGAAGCUCUUGCAAAAACGCUUUCUGCAGUACUUGGAGGUGGGAAUACGGCUACCGAAAAUGAGCCAGCUCAAACGGACGCGAUUCCAGAAAUCGAGAGUGUGAAUACAAAUUCAGGAACGGACGUAGAUCCCGGCACAAGUGGGUAUACAAGUAUGGAAGCUGAUAGAGAUAGUACUCAAGAAACAGGAGAUGCUACGACUACAGAUGAGCGCACAGAUGAUCCUGUAAAAACGGAAGAGGACACGCCUACGGAUGAGCGUACGAAUGAUACUAGAGAAACAGAAGAGGCUCCGGCUACGGGUGAGCGUACAGAUGAUAUUGGAGGAACAGAAGAAGGUGCUGCUACGGGUGAUCGUACAGAUGAUACCGGUGAAAGAGAAGAACCUACGGAUGAUACUAGAGAACCAGAAGAAGCUACGGCUACGGAUGAUCGUACAGAUGAUACUGAAGAAACAGAAGAGGCCACGGGUGAGCGUACGGAUGAUACUGGAGAAUCAGAAGAGGGUACGGCUACGGGUGAGCCUACGGAUGAUAGUGGAGAAACAGAAGAGGGUCCUGCUACGGGUGAGCGUACAGAUGAUACUGGAGAAACAGAAGAAGGUGCUGCUACGGGUGACCGUACAGAUGAUACCGGUGAAAGAGAAGAACCUACGGAUGAUACUAGAGAAACAGAAGAAGCUACGGCUACGGAUGAUCGUACAGAUGAUACUGAAGAAACAGAAGAGGCCACGGGUGAGCGUACGGAUGAUACUGGAGAAUCAGAAGAGGGUACGGCUACGGGUGAGCCUACGGAUGAUAGUGGAGAAACAGAAGAGGGUGCUGCUACGGGUGAGCGUACAGAUGAUACUGGAGAAACAGAAGAAGGUGCUGCUACGGGUGAUCGUACAGAUGAUACCGGUGAAAGAGAAGAACCUACGGAUGAUACUAGAGAAACAGAAGAAGCUACGGCUACGGAUGAUCGUACAGAUGAUACUGAAGAAACAGAAGAGGCCACGGGUGAGCGUACGGAUGAUACUGGAGAAUCAGAAGAGGGUACGGCUACGGGUGAGCCUGCGGAUGAUGCUAGAGAAACAGAAGAAGCUACGGCUACUGAUGAGGGUACGGAAGAUACUAGAGAAACAGAAGAGGCUCCGGCUACGGGUGAGCGUACAAAUGAUACUAUAGAAACAGAAGAAGCUACGGCUACGGAUGAGCGUACGGAUAAUACUGUAGAAACAGAAGAGACUACGGGUGAACGUACGGAUGAUACUAGAGAGACAGAAGAAGCUGCUGCUACGGGUGACCGUACAGAUGAUACCGGUGAAAGAGAAGAACCUACGGAUGAUACUAGAGAAACAGAGGAGGGUACAGCUACGGAUGAUCGUACAGAUAAUACUGGAGAAACAGAAGAGACUACGGGUGAGCUUACGAAUGAUACUGGAGAAUCAGAAGAGGGUACGGCUACAGGUGAGCCUGCAGAUGAUAGUGGAGAAACAGAAGAGGGUGCUGCAUCGAAUGAUCGUACCGAUAAUACUGGGGAAUCCGAAGUAGCUACGGGUGAGCGUACGGAUGAUACUGGAGAAACAGAAGAAGCUACGGUUACGGACGAGCGUAACGAUAAUACUGGAGAAACAGAAGAAGCUACGGCUACGGGUGAGCCUGCGGAUGCGGAUGAUACUGGAGAAACAGAAGAUAGUGCUUCUGCGGGUGAUCGUACAGAUGAUGUUGGAGAAACAGAAGAGGCUACGGAUGAUCGUACGGAUGAUAGUGGAGACACAGAAGGGGGUGCACCUACGGGUGAUCGUACAGAUGAUACUAGAGAAACUGAAGCAAAUACUGGUAGCAACUCCCGUAGAAACUCUAAAGAAACUGAGAAGAUAAUGAAGCAAAGAGAAAAGAAUGAGCGGCGCCCGUUGUGGUCCCAGAAACGUAAUCGACCUUAGGAACGAACUAAGCACUAAACUCAAUGCAGUACUACUUCAAUAGUAUGAACGUUCAAAAUUUUAAAAUUCUAUUAAUGAAAGUAAAAUUUCAGGACAUGCAAAAUUUAUAAUGUCUAAGAACCAUUCUCCAAGAACUAAGACGCAAUUAAAAAAUAUCGCAACUCGCAACGUAAACGGUAAAAGCGUUUAUACCAUUGUAGUAGCACUGUAACUCGGUCGAACGACGUCAUGUUGCUCGUUGUGUCUUAAAAAAAAAUUUAAUCAAUUAACAUUGUAGAUUCUAGAAUUUUAUGACAAAAAUAUUUAUUAAAAUUUGCAGUUAAAGCAUUUUUUAGCAAUUUUUAACAAUUUUUCUAUUUCGAAUCAAAGACGCGUUUAUUUAUUUUAGUGUUUUCAAGUUCAAAUAUUUAAUUGCAUGUGAAAAAUAUAUAGCUAUUAAAGUCUAACUGUAUCUAA